AUGGCUGAAAAGAACAUUUUCCGAGAAGGCAGUCGACAUGUUGUUUUUGUGGACACCGACUCUGUACCGGCGAAAGAAUCCAGGGUCGGGAACUUGGUACAGAAUACGACAGAGGCAGCCAUUCUUCAGCAGACCGUCAAGGCUCUUCUGCACGGAGGAGUUCAAGAAUCACAAAUCGGUGUUAUUUCACUCUACCGACAGCAAGUCAAACUCCUCUCACAUAUGCUCGACGACCAUCGCGGAGUCGAAAUCCUUACUGCCGACCGCUCGCAAGGCCGUGAUAAGGAUUGUAUUAUCAUUUCCAUGGUUCGCUCCAACGAUUCGAAUAACAUUGGUGAACUUUUGAAAGAUUGGCGCCGACUAAACGUCUCUUUCACUCGUGCACGUUCAAAACUCAUCAUCAUCGGCUCUCGCGGCAUCCUCGACGGAACCAAGCUCCUCCAAGAGUCUUUCGGGCUGAUGGGACGCGAGGACUGGAUGUACAAACUCCCCAAGGAUGCACAUCUCAUGCACGACCCUGAAUACGUUCAGCAGCAGCAACCACGACAGCAUCAACCGCCAAACGUCGCUUUACAUCCUCUACAGGAACAGCGAAAACAGGUUCAACUACCUUUAUUACCUCUUCGUCCUGCCAAUGGCUUGAAACGAAAGCGAACGGCGGCAACGAUGGAAAAGGAGAACGAGCCAGACACCUCUCUUUUACUCUCACCCUCUCCUCGGAAGAAGAGGAAAGUAGUGAUUGAAAAGACACCGUCUGUAUCUCGUCGCUCCAAGGUUGCAUCGGGUACCGCAAUUCUGCGAGGUCGCGCAAUGUUGAAGGAUGUCAUUAUGGAGGACCAAACGUUGUGA